AUGAAAGACCGUAGGAAACGCAACGGCGUCGUUUCUUGGAGCACGUUCUUCUGCUGCACCCUCCUCGUGGUCCUCUCUUGCAUCCUCAUCACCACCCUCGCCUUCUCCCCCUUCACGCCACCCACGCCGCAAUGGGACCCUCCACGCACACCCUCCCACGCCGCAAUCGCCAUCCGCGAAACCGUUAUGCUCCCGGACCAGGCCCUCGUUUUCCUAAGCUACCCCCCCUCUUUCCCCUUCCACACCCAACGCGACCUCCUCUGCCUCCACUUCAACGCUGACUCACUCCGCACGCUCUCUCAGCCCCCGAUUCAAGUCCACCUCGCGCGCCUCCGCGACCAGAUCGUGCGGUGCGCGCUCCCUCCACGUGGCAACACGCUGUCCCUCGUGAUCAAAUCGAAACGCGUCGUUCAGCUUCAACCGCAGGCCUCCUCGGUUUACAAGUGGACCCCACUAGUCUACGAAGCCUUCUUCGACCGCGACAACACCACAAUAGUGUUCGUCAAGGGCCUCAAUCUUCGGCCCGAGAGACUCAUCGAACCCUCCAAAUUCAAAUGCCUCUUCGGCUGGGAUUUCACCAACCCCAAAUUCGUAUUAAAAUCCAACGCCAUAUCCGCCGCUCAGGAAAUUAUAAGGUGCAAAACACCAAAAAGCAUUUUAACCGACCAGGCCCAGGCCCAAGCCCAGGCCCAUGCUCAGUCCAUCAAAGUGACCAUCCAAGUCGACGAAAGAGAAAUACUCCCCUCCAUAGGCCGGCCCGGGCUUCGUCAACUGAGAAACCCACCGAGGCGAAAAGCCCAUGAGCUGUGUAUAUGCACCAUGCUGCGCAACCAGGCCCGGUUCAUAAAAGAGUGGAUCAUGUACCACACAAGAAUCGGAGUCCAACGUUGGUUCAUAUACGACAACGACAGCAACGAUGAUAUAGAAAACGUGAUCUCAUCUCUAAAAAGCAUCGGUUACAACAUCUCGCAACACCUAUGGCCGUGGGUGAAAACCCAAGAAGCCGGGUUCGCGCACUGCGCCCUCCGGGCCCGGGCCUCGUGCGAGUGGGUUGGGUUCAUCGACGUGGACGAGUACUUCAACGUGAAGAUAAAAGGGGGCCUGCAGAGCGUGAUUUGGCACCACGCGAGGCACGGAAGGAACGUGGGAGAGAUUAGGACUCGGUGCUACAGUUUCGGGCCUUCGGGCCUGCGACAAGUGCCGCGGGAAGGGGUGAUGGUGGGGUACACGUGUCGGUUGAGGGCAAGUGAGAGACACAAGAGCAUAGUGAGGCCUGAGGCGCUGAACCAGAGCCUGAUCAAUGUGGUGCACCAUUUUCAUCUGCGUGAACCGUUUGUGUCGGUGGACGUGGAGAAAGGUGUGAUGGUGAUUAACCAUUACAAGUAUCAAGUGUGGAAAGUGUUUAAGAAGAAGUUCCAAAGGAGGGUCGCGACCUACGUGGCGGAUUGGCGUGAGAAGCAAAAUGCUGAGUCCAAAGAUAGGGUACCCGGUUUGGGGACCAAAGCGGUCGAACCGGUAGGUUGGGCGAACCGGUUUUGUCAGGUUAGGGAUAUGGGGUUGAGGAACAUGGUGAUGAGGGAAUUUUUAGACCGACGCACCAGUUUUCUACCUUGGCAACCAGAGUUUGAGCAUCAAUUUAGAAGAAAACGAAGGCGAAAGGUGAGAAAGCCUAUAUGAUCCCACCGUUUUAUUAGUCCUAUAUUUUUUUUGUACUUUUUUUUUUCAAUUUUUUUAUUUACUUUAUUUUUUUUUUGCUCCAUAUAUGUAGAUAUGAUAGAUACAUGGUAGUUUAUUUUGUACAUAGAUAUCAAGUGAUUCACAAAAAGUUAAAUAAAAAUAAAAAUAAAUCAAGUAAUUACAUUUUUUUUAA